GCUCCCGAAGGCAAGAUCUCUCGGUUUUUGGUCAAGAAGCGAAGAUGGUCAACGGCAAACUGGCUCUGGCGGCGGCGGUGCUGGGGGCGCUGCAGCUCAGCCUCUGCCUCGCCUCCCCCGUGGCGCACUCGGUGAGCGCCGCCGCCGUGGCUGUCGCUUCACCCGGGCAUGCCGUGGGCGUCGUGGCUCACUCUCCGCCCGGACGCGCCGUGGGCUUCGUAGCAGGCCCUUCGGCUAGGACCGUGGGCGUGAGGUACGUGGGCGGCUUCGCUCUCAGAGCUGGCGUCGUCGUAUCGGGCCGAGGUGUGUGGUGAUCGUUGUCAGGAAGACCUUCCGGCGGCGAACUCGGCAGCAGCUUGGCCUCCGGAGGAAACCGACGACAGUGAUAUGCUCUGUAACUCUUCUUUUCUCUCUGUUAAACAUAUGAAUAAAAUGCAACAGAUUCUGCUCCAUA